CCCUGGCCCGUCUGUGCAGUGAAGCAAGAGGGGAAGGGCGCAGGACAGGAUCCGCCUGCUCUGCUCCGACCUCUGGCUCCCCAGGACCGGGGCAGCCCCCGCUAGCUCCGCGGAGCGGCACAAGCCCCCUGCGGAAGAGCCACCCCCGAAACAAAGUUAAUUCCAUGGCGACUCCUUCCCUGCCCACGCGCGGGGUGGGGGAUGCAGAUGCGAUCCCCUCGCUGGGGGGGGGGGAGACGGACGGAGGGAAGCAGGGGAAAAGGGGAGGCCUCUUCCCCCCCCCCAUACGUAGAAGUUUAAUUAUAAGCCGGCUCCUGACUGAGCCAGCUGAUCCCCUGCGAGCCGCUGCCAGGGCUAGGAGGGAGCUUUCGCUCGCUCGCUCUGCAGCAAAGAGUCUCCGAGCCCGCUGCUGCAGAGGGGCGGUGUAGACACCCCCAGAGGUGCCAACACUUCCCGGGCCAGGGGAGCUAGCGGAGCGCGCGGGGCGAGGGGCGGAUGCCGGAUCCCCUCCCUGGGCUGGUGAGGGAGCAGCCCGGCGCCCUGCCACGGGCAUGUCCCUGUUGUUGUAGGUGGGGAGCGCGCCCCUGAUAUGCUGGGGGAUGGAUUUCCAGGCUGUCACUUUAAUCUGCUGCUGCUGCUGCUGCUUUCCCCUCAUCCUGCCCGUUACCCCAGAUGUUGUUUGUAAACCUGGCUGCCACCCUGUGAAUGGAUUUUGUGAAAUUCCUAGUGAAUGCAGGUGUCAACCUGGGUGGCAAGGAGCUCUCUGUAAUCAGUGUGUUCCUUUUCCUGGUUGUGUGCAUGGCAGCUGUGCCAAACCAUGGCAAUGUGUCUGUGAAGAAGGAUGGGUUGGCAGCCUCUGCGACAUAGAUAUUCAUCCAUGUUCUUCAAAACCCUGCACCAAUAACUCAACAUGCAUAGAGACUGGAGAUGGAGGAUAUAUUUGUUUGUGUGCCAAGGGAUUUACAGGAAAAAACUGCCAACUGAAAAAAGGACCCUGCAUUAUUAAUGGCUCUCCCUGUCAGAAUGGGGGAACAUGUGUUGAUGACAAUGGAUUUGCGCCUCAUGCCUCCUGUUUCUGCCUUCCAAGUUUUGCUGGCAAUUUCUGCGAAAUAGAUGUAGAUGACUGUGAACCCAACCCAUGUGAAAAUGGAGGAACAUGCACAGAUAUUGGUGGAGGCUUCAACUGUCAUUGCCCUAUUGGCUAUAUGGGCAAAUCCUGCAGCAGCCGUGUCAUAUUCUGUGCUAGCAGCCCAUGUGAGAAUGGAGGAACGUGUCAUGAGCAUCCUGAAGGAGGAUUUGAAUGCAUUUGUAAGCCGGAAUUUGUUGGUGUAACCUGCACAUAUCUCAACAGAAACACAAGUCUCCAUGGUGUGAAUACAGAGGCCAAACACGGGCAGAGUUAUAAUCUACCACCAAAUGCUCAUCCGAAGUCAGUACCUCACCAAGAACAUAAAGUCUUGAAGAUAACAAUGAAAGAAACAAUCCAAAACACAGACCCCUUGCUUAAUAAAAGUCAGGUGAUAUGUUUCAUUGUGCUAGGCUUGCUUACAUGUCUUGUUGUGUUAGGUACAACUGCGAUUGUAUUUUUUUCCAAAUGUGAAAUGUGGCUUGCUAAUGCCAAAUAUAGCCAUCUCCUACGCAAGAAAAAGAAUUGCUUUCUUCAGUCUAAUGGGGAAAACCUUUCAGUUAACAUAAUUUUCCCAGAGAAGAUCAAACUCACUAACUACACCAAGAACUACACCGCCAUCUAGGCUCCUGGAAAGACUUGCAGCAACUUCCAGAGUUUUGUAGCAAUAUGUAAAGUUUAUUGAACUUGUUACCUGUGCCUGGCUUUGAUAUUUGUGCAUACGUUUGCUGUAAUUUGUGCUGGGAAGUACAGAAUAAAUAUGUUGUAUCUGUGUUGCCAAGUGAAUUUCUCAUUUCCAAAAUAAAACUUGAACAUAAUCA